AUGUCUCCUUAUAGGCUUAGAGCAGAUUCCAAAUUUGGUGUUUCCACAUCAAUGUUAAGGCUACCUCUAUCUCCCACUGUAUUUUACAACUGCAUGGGAACCUUUGUAUGGGUGCCAAGGAAGGCGAAUUUCUCUGGGCAGUGCUUUGACAGAAUAAGUAUUGAUGAGGGUCAGCUCUGCAGCCCGUGGGCCUACGAAGCCUUAGGAGGCCGGGGAGGCCGCCCUUAUGCUGAGCCUCAUCGUAGCCUCAGCUUCAUCGUCAGCAUCAUGGUCAGCAUCAUGGUCAGCACAUGGUCAGCAUCAUGGUCAGCAUCAUGGUCAGAUCAUUCGAGCAUCAUGCAGCAUAGGGUCAAUAUGUCACAUCAUCGUCAAAGAGCAUCAAUCACGUCAGGAUAUCGUCAGGUCAUCGCAAUCAUGGUCUGCUUCAUCGUCAGCAUCGCCGUCAGCGUCAUGGUCAGCGUCAUGGCGCGGUGCUCGGCGAAGCGCCGCAGGCAGAACUCGCACGGAAGGCCGCUCCUCGUCGUGCACGAGCAGGUGCAAGAGCAGCGGCGCCCUCCGCGCGAACGUGGGGUUGCACACCUUGCAGCGCAGCGGCGCGUCCAGCCGGUGCACGUGCAUGUGCAUGCCCAGGUACUUGCUCCUGCUGAACCGCGCGUGGCAGAUGUAGCACUCGUGGCGGCCCGUCACGUGCAGGUGGAGAGUGAAGACCAGCCUUUGAGUGCGCGGAAUUUCCAGUGCCCCGACUGCGAAAGAACGUUUGCCUGCCGUGUGGCGUUCAACGAGCACCGGUAUAUUCACGUGACGGGCCGCCACGAGUGCUACAUCUGCCAUGCGCGGUUCAGCAGGAGCAAGUACCUCGGCAUGCACAUGCACGUGCACCGGCUGGACGCGCCGCUGCGCUGCAAGGUGUGCAACGCCACGUUCGCGCGGAGGGCGCCGCUGCUCUUGCACCUGCUCGUGCACGACGAGGAGCGGCCCUUCCGGUGCGAGUUCUGCCAGCAGCGCUUCGCCGAGCACCGCCCCUGGGUGCACCACGUGCAAAUGCACAGGCUGCGCGCGCACAUGGACAACCAAAGCUACGCCGUCGCAACCGCCGCCGCCGCCGCCGCCGGUGCUCAGGCCGAGGCUGCAGCUCAAGGGCGGCCGUCCCCGACCUCCUAA